AAGCGAGACUCAUAUCGGAGUCAAUGGCUUUUGUUUAGUGUUUUUUAUCAAUCGAUACAUUGUUUUGAAAAUCAAUUGAUUUUAUAAUUAAUUUCAUAUAAUUUGUGAAAUGAAUUGUAAAAAGUUGUCAAACAUUGAGACCAAACAGCGGUUGAGUUUGAGUUCGCUAUCCAACAGAUCCACGGAUUCAAUGAGAUCUCAAACGUUACCACAAUUUUCUAACCAUUCAAUCGAUGGCCAGAAGUCAUUGUCCGCCCAUUCGGACGAUGAGGACGACGAAGAGGACGACAAUCCCGGCGGCGAUAAAGUGAAGACAAUGUUUCUCUCGCUCUGGAAUAACGUUAAAUUCGGUUUCGCCACAAAACUGAAGACCCGUUUCAGUUAUGAGUCACCGGUUUGUCUUUUGGGACAGUUUUAUCACAAGAAGUUGACGGACAGUAACGGCAGUCGCGAUGAUAAUGAAUCCAAGAGUUCGGCGAUGGAUAUGUUUAGACACGACUUUUACUCGAGAAUAUGGUUGACAUACAGACGACAGUUCCCCAAACUGGACAACUCGUCGUUGACGUCGGACACGGGUUGGGGCUGUAUGUUGAGGUCGGGGCAAAUGGUUUUGGCGCAGGGAUUGCUCACCCAUUAUCUCGGCCGACACUGGAGAUGGAAGGGCUCGCAGUCCGACAAAGAAGAUAUGAUUCACAGAAUGAUUGUCAAGUGGUUCGCCGACGACCCGAACCCCAGUUGCAGUCCUUUCUCUGUCCACCAAUUGGUCAGAUUUGGCGAACAAAUGGGCAAAAGAGCGGGCGAUUGGUACGGCCCGGCGUCUGUCGCGCAUCUACUUAAGAUGGCCUUAAGUAAAGCGGCCGAAAGUAAUCCCAUUUUGAACAAUAUAUGCUGUUAUGUGGCUCAGGAUUGCACGGUUUACGUGAAGGAUGUGUUAACUCUGUGCACAUCUAACACAACGAUAAGCCGCGAAACUGUGAAUUUGAAACAAAAGAAAUUCACGAAAAACAAUGAAGAGGUUAAACGAAAAUCUCUGUUCUUACGAGAGUUCAAUGGAAUCGAUUGCGAAGAACAGAAAGCCUUCGCUCUUGAGUUGCGGUAA